AUGAAGGCCACGAGCUCAAGUGCAUUGUCAACACGGAAGACGCGAAGUGGAUGCUUCAACUGCAAGCGUAUCAAAUGUGAUGAGCAAAAGCCGUCCUGUCUACGUUGUGUCACGACGAAAUGGAUUUGUGAGGGUUACCCAACCCCUCUGCAGUACAGCCUUUCUCCAGGUUCUUUGAAAGACGAGGAACGACGAGCUUUUCUCUUCUUCCGGAGUCAAACUGCUCACCGGAUCUUUGGCUAUCGCGAUGCAAAUGUGUGGCUGUCGACUCUUCUACAACUCGGGCACAGCGAAUUGCCCGUCAAGCAUGCCCUCACCGCGCUCGCUUCGCUGCAUGAAAGCCUGGAGCCGGUAGAUGCUUGUGUCUCCAUUCGCCGAUCACAAGAACAUGCUCAGGUCACGGCACAAAUGCUAGCCCUGAAACAUUAUAAUGCAGCCAUCAAGUGCGUGCAUGGAUCCCUUGACAUGUCUUCAAGACCGGAUCUCAUCAUGACCCUAUGUCUCCUCUUUAUUUGUUUCGAGCAGUUUCGAAGCGGCGAUGCCGCCUGUCUGCUCCACCUGACGGCCGGCCUAAAGCUGCUAUACUGGUGGAGACACCGUACUAACACCUAUAACAAUCUCCGAGAAUAUUCUCGACCAACGCUGGAUUUUAUCAAUGAUCAGAUAAUACCCGUCAUGCAACGGCUUCGCGUGCAAUUCUCUUUAUGCAUGGACUCCCGACAUAUGCUCAGCAAUCUUGGGGUUCCGCUCUGUUUACCAUCCCCGACGAUUCCAUCCUCCUACUCUUCUCUCGACAUUGCCAGGAAGGACUACGAUCGUGUCAUGAAUUACAUUUUUUUCUUAUUUGGAGCGGGUUCCCAAUCACCGCAAAGAGCGCCUAUCACCGUUCUGCGGCAGUGGAAAGAAGCCUUGGACCAUUUCGAGUUUUCAGCGGAUCCUCCAAUAAUUGAGAAGUGCACCCGCAACCUCUUAGAGCUUUAUUAUCAUGCAUCCACAGUUAUUACUGAAACAUACGGUGCUAAGUUUGAAAGCGUUUUUGACGAUUUCACCGAGCAUUUUCAGACCAUUGCUGACCUCGCCGAGAGCGUCACGGAAAUUUGGAAGACACAGUCACGGGAUUACAAUAUAUUGUACAGCUUCGAUCUUGGUAUCACACCGCCUAUGUUUCUCGUCGCUUCUCGCUGCCGGCAUCCUUUGAUACGUCGGAAGGCGGUUGACCUAAUGCUGAAUUCCCCCUUCUACCACGGUGUUUGGCAGGAUCGAUACUCUGGUCUUUGCGCCCAGCGAAUGAUUGAGAUUGAAGAAGAGAAUAUCGGAACUAUCGUGGAUCCUAUCCAUGUGCUGGAAACCCAUCGUAUUCGAAAGGUCUCUGCUGAUCUACAUGAAGAAGGAUCACAAAUCAUGUUACGGUUCACUCGCUGGCCGUUCACCCCAGAGUCUGCGAUUUAUACUACUUUUAUUUCUUUAAUACAAUAG